GAAUGUCGCGGUGCCCCAAAUGCAUGGCAAUGCAAUGAUGGGAAGUGUAUUGAUGUUACCUGGCUCUGUGAUGGUAUUAGCGAUUGCAUGGAUGGGUCGGAUGAGAAGAACUGUGCUUGUGCAAGGAAAAAAUUGCCCUGCCGAGGAACUAAUCAAUGCAUCAAUCCAUGGGAAUGGUGUGAUCAGCAUAAGGAUUGUGAGGAUGGCUCGGAUGAAGCAAAUUGCCCCCUGAACAACUGCCUGCCUGGGCAGUGGCAAUGUAAGAAUAAAAUCUGCAUUAUGGAGGAUUGGAAGUGCAACGGCAUUGACAACUGUGGAGACAACUCGGAUGAAGAAGUCUGUGUUUCCUGUCCGGAAGGAAUGACCCAUUGUGAUAAGGGGAAAUGCAUUCUGAAUUCUCUGAUGUGCAAUGGAGUAACUGACUGUCUAGAUGGCACCGAUGAACCCAGGACUUGUGGUAAUAAGUGUUCUCUGAGCAACGGAGGCUGCAUGGAUACAUGUGCUGAUACAUUCUGGGGCGUGAGAUGUUCAUGCAGCCCCGGUUGGAGCCUUGAUGCUACUGGUCAGAACUGCACAGAUGUUGACGAGUGUGCGAUGGCAUAUAGUCCUUGUAGCCAGUUGUGCAAUAACACAGUGGGUUCUUUUUCCUGUGACUGUGUUCAAGGGUACCGACUCUCCAACAAAACUGCUUGUGAGGCUACAGAUGGUGCUACCAAAAUAUUGUUGGGUGUUGGUCACGAACUUGCCCUUUUGGAUAUGAAAACUCUCAGUUUGGAGCCUCUAGUCUCUACAGACACAAAACCAGCUUCUGUUGCCUAUGAUUUGUCAAGAAAAAAAUAUUACUGGAUCAGUGAAGAGUACAAGCUGCAUGUUUUUAUGUUUGGCAAAAAUGAAAUUCUUCUCUAUCAAGAUAUCAGUGGUAUCAACAGCAUAUCUGUAGACCAGUUCACAGGACAGUUAUACUGGGCGAGUAGCUCACCUGAUGCCAUCUUUGCUGGCUUGAGUGAUGGCAGAGGAUAUGUGAAGAUCCUAGAGAAGGAGAUGAUGCCGGAGCAGCUGAUUACAUUUCCAGAAAAAAGAUACAUGUAUUGGGUGAAUCGAGGUGGAAAAGGCAGAACUGUCAUAGAAGCUGCAGGGAUGGAUGGUUCAGACAGGCAUGUGCUCACAGUCGUAACCAUGGAAGAGCCCGUGGGGCUGACUCUCGAUCCCAUCACAAGCAGACUGUACUGGAUCAGCGAGUACAAAAAGUCCAUAGAGACCAUAAAAGUAGACGGCACGGGCAGAUACACUUUCCCUGAGAUGCUGGCGAAAGAAGAGGACCUUCUGGGACUUGCUGUAUUUGGAAACGGGUUCUUCUGGGCAGACAAAAAAAAGUUGGUUUAUUCCUCCCGAACCUCUCCGGGUAUCAGUGUGUUGCUGAACUCUUCAGUCUCCUCAUUCGCAGUGUUGCUUGAACUACAGCAGCCUCACAGUAACACAGCCUCAUGUUCCCCUGGAUCAUGCAGCCAUAUUUGCCUUCCGUCGCCAGUGCAUUCCAAGGGGUACAAGUGUGCCUGCCCGGAGGGCAUUUUUCUCCUGCCUUCUGGUGAAUGCGCAGAGCUGAAUGUCUUGUAUUCAACUGCUAAUCAGAUCUACCAGCUGCAAAUUGGUCGGCAAAGACAAGUGUUACAACAGCAGCAAGGACUCUUGCAGGCAUGGCCAGACAGUAUCUACCUCCAGGACAUGGACUGGAAAAGGGGAUUUAUCUAUUGGACUGAUGACAAAGGGGAAUUGGUGCGUUUCCAUAAAGAGACAAAAGCAAAGCUCGUAAUGCCUACAAACUCACCAGUGUGUGCAGCAAGUGUUGAUUUGCCUUCUGGAGACGUAUAUUGGCUAACAUGUGAAAGAACUCAGAUUAUGGUUACUAGUUUUUCUGGCAUGAUGACCAAGCUUCUCUAUCAAGUGGCAGGCAAGGAUAUUAUACAGCAUCUGUUCCUAGACUGGCAGAGAGCAUCCUUGUACUGGCUUGAAACUGGCAAAUCUAUUCAAAGAAUGGACCUCGACGGCAGGAAUAUCAGAGAAGUGUGGAAUGAAACAUUGACAGAAGAAGUCCUUCUUACCUUGGAUUCGAGUUCCUCCAGCUUCCUCUGGACUUCCAAAGAAAUGGAACUGAAGAUCCUGAAUCUCGUCACACGCAGAGCAUAUAAUCUGAAGGAGAACUGGACCCACGAAGUGGCAGCAGCUUACGGACCUUACCUGGUGACAGUCAACAAAACGGCACUGACCCUCUGGAACAGAAGAUUGAUGGCGCCAUCUGCUGUGCAUGUAGCUAAUGUGCGGAAAGCCAUGUUUUUUUUCAACACAGACUCGGAGACUGGGCAGACGGUUCCUGUUGUACAACCUGCAGUUAUCUGGACUGCUGUAUUGCUGCCUCCUAAAACCACUACUAAGGCAGUGCCACAAACAGCACAGGCAAGAGCAACAUCCUCCAAAAGAACAGUGCUACCAACAACAACAAAAACAACAACUACUACUACUACGACUGCACCUACCACAGCAAAGCCAACAAGACAGCGGACAACUCGGACGACAGUCUUGGCAACUCUCGCCUGUGGGUGGGCUGAAUUCUCUUGCCGAAACGGGGAAGAGUGUGUACCUUAUGAAUACCGCUGCGAUACAGAGGAGGACUGUGCGGAUGGUUCUGAUGAAGACCACUGCGAUGAGUUCUGUUCUGAAACAGGAAUGUUCCAGUGUGCAAGUGACAAAAGAUGUAUUAAUAAAAGAUAUCUUUGUGACGGGGUUUCACAUUGUUAUGACGGCUCCGAUGAAUCCAAUUGCUGGGUGCCAAAACUGGAAUGCGCCAUACAUUGUGAUAGUGGAACACGUUGUGUGCCUCAGAGCUUCGUCUGCGAUGGGAGCCCUGACUGUGCUGAUGGAGCAGACGAAGUAGGAUGUGUGAAGGUGUCCUGUAUGGAAGAAGAGUUCCAGUGUCAAAGUGGCCAGUGUAUUCCUUUGCCCUUCCACUGCGAUGGAGUUCAUGAUUGCGAGGAUCACUCGGAUGAAGACUGCCCGCUCCCUCAUGUGUGUCUUUCGGGUCACAAGUGCCCUGGCAGUGGAGAGUGCGUCCCCAAAGAAUGGCUCUGUGAUGGGGAGAUGGACUGCACAGACCAAUCGGAUGAAUGGGAUUGUCCGCCGAAGCAACAAUGUGGCCCCAAUCAGUGGCGAUGCAAGAGCUUGACGGAGUGUAUUCCAAGCUCAUGGUUCUGCGAUGGGGAGCCGGACUGCAAAGAUAAGAGCGAUGAGAUGGAUUGCAAACCUAGGCAGUGCGAAGACUAUGAAUUCCAGUGUGGAGAAGUCUGUAUCAACUACACUCUCGUCUGCAACGGGAGGCUGAACUGCCCAGGUGGAUUGGACGAAGGUGGCCGUUGUGGUGUGCCAUGUCAGAAGCCAUGUUCACAGAUCUGCUACCAGUCACCUCAGGGGCCUAGAUGUGCUUGCCACCAGGGAUUCAGGCUAAGAAGUGACCAGCACGUCUGCAAAGAUAUCAACGAAUGUAAAGAACUGCCUGAGGAGAAAUGCAGCCAGACCUGCAUCAAUACAAAUGGUAGCUACAACUGCACUUGCCAUCCAGGCUACUUGCUGGAACCAGAUGGCCACACAUGCAAAGUGAUUGGGUCCAAGCCAGUUCUGCUAGUUACCAUCCAGUUUUACUUGAUCCAAUAUGGAUUACGGAGCAUGGAAGAAAAUAUUAUCUUGACAAUGGACAAGGACCUCGUUAUCUUUUCCAUUGACUACGAUUUGGUGGAGAAGAAGAUCUUUUGGAUGGACCUUAAUGCAGAAAGCAUAAAGUGGAUGAACACAAAAUCCAAGCAAAAAGGAACUCUCGUAAAAGGAAUCAAAUCUGACAGCAUAGCAGUGGACUGGGUAGGAAGAAAUCUUUACUGGACUGACGGGAUAGCUGGACAGAUCCUGGCUACUCAGCUAAAUGGUACCUGGCGGGGAAAGCCUGAAUACACGGUGGUUCUUGAUUACCUAGGUCAACCACGGUCUCUGGCUCUCCACCCACUGGAGGGUUUAAUGUAUUGGUGUGAAAUAGGGGUUGAUCCCAAAAUACAGAAAGCUGGGAUGGAUGGAAGCAGCAAAGAAGUACUAAUUGAUGAAGUACUUGGCUGGCCUACCAGCAUCGCUCUUGACCUUUUGAGCGGGAAAAUCUUCUGGUCUGAUGACAAGUUUCAUUGCAUUGGUUCAGCCUCUUUGGAUGGAACAAAUAUAAAGGUUUUUGAAUUAUCUGAGAUCCAUACUCCCUUCUCAUUGACUGUCUUUGAAGAUUCCAUUUAUUGGUCUGACAUCAAAAUGAGGAGUGUGCAGAGGCUUAACAAAAGGACUGGCAAAAAGAGAUCAAGCCUACUCAAGCCUCGCGGGCAACCCUAUGGACUAAAGGUGAUGCAUGAAGUUCUCCAGCCAGCAGCUGUCAAUCCGUGUGUGCAACGUGGCUGUUCGCAUUUGUGCUUGUUGGAUCCAGGCAAAAGAGGAAGCUGCCGCUGCCCUAUUGGACUGGUGCUUUCAGGUGACAAAAAGACCUGCAUUCCUCUAGAGGAGUCAGCAUUCAUGCUCCUGGUUGCACAAACAACAGUUACUCAGGUCUACCUGGAGAAUCUACGCCCUAUAGUGGGACAAGAACCUCUUCCUGAGCACAACUCUCUCCCCAUGACCAACGUUACCCGCCUGACAGCUGCAGACUACUCUGUACGUGACACAGCUCUUUACUUCUCAGAGGGCCGCUUCAUAAAAGUCCUCAACAUGAAAAACGCUGGGAGAGUAUCUCUGAAGGAAUUGCUGCCGGUUCAGGGCACGGUCGUUUCGCUAGCUCUAGAUUGGCUGAGUGGCAACAUUUAUUGGAUUGAUAACAUGCACCCGUCCGUCCGAGUAGCAAAUCUAGAUAGCAGAUAUGUACAUGUGGUGAUUGCUGAUGGGCUUUCCCGUCCAGCUUCUGUCGUGCUACAUCCCCCAACUGCAGCGAUGUGCAUUACUGACCACGGUUUUGAGAAUGGUCUACCUGGACCCAUGAUUGAGUGUGCCUCUAUGGAUGGAAGUGGAAGGAAGGUUCUCUGGAGGAGAACUCAGGCUCCUGUUGGCUUAACAAUUGUGGACGGCGGUACCCGGCUCUACUGGGCCAGUCAAGCAAAAGGUACAGUGGAAACCAUUAAAACGGAUGGAUCCCAAUACCGACUCCUCCGGAGACAGCUACAUGACCUUGUCCUCUUCACAGCAGGGGAAGGCAUGAUGAUCUGGACAACACAUUCCCACAACAGUGCAGCAAGGGUGUGGCACAGCAGUUUGGCAUCAGAAGAAAGCUGGUGGUUUCCAAUGAACCAGCAGCUUGUGGAUAUCAAGAUCUACAGCAAAGUAAGCCAGCAAGGUAGCAACGCCUGCUCAGUGAAGAACGGAGGUUGCAGCCAUAUCUGUUUGCCAACUCCACACGGAAGAAGGUGCCGGUGCAGUCUGGGCUUCGUUCUACAGCAUGGCAUUGAAUGCAUCAGAGCACCCAGGUGCUUGGAGCCUUUUCACGCCUGCAAGGAUCACAGCGCAUGUAUUGCAAAAGGGAAGGUCUGCGACGGUAGCAUUGAUUGUCCUGACAGAUCUGAUGAGGCCAACUGCACCGGUGUUUCCAGUAAGAAACUCCCAUCCACAAACCCAUCUUGGCCAAUGUUGCCAACAAAACGAUAUCCUGUUAAGAGCAAAACAAUGGCACCGGUCACUAAAAGCACCCCCACCAUGAUGGCCAGGCAACCUCCCAGCAGAAAGGUGACGAAACCCAGGAGGACGACGACUCCUUCCACGACGACACGUACCUUGCCUUCAAGUCGGGUGCAAGGUGGAGACCGCCCUGAGACGAACUUGGAAACUGGUCUAGAGACCCCACGCUGCAGCAGCGAUACCUGUAACAUGAGAGGAGACUGCGUUGUUGAAGGCAGUAGAGCAAAGUGCAGGUGUAUGUUGGGGUACACUGGGCACUAUUGUGAAGAAGAAGAGUCAAAGUCCACAGCAGGUUCUGUCGCUCUGAGCAUCGUUGCCGUCUUGCUUAUUGCUAUGACCGCAGCUGCCAUGUAUCUCUACUUUAGGAAGCGAAGAAUCCGUGAAAGAUCUUCAAGCACAGGAUCGUCUAAAACACUGACCAUCUACCAGAAAGAUAGUGAACCAGAGUCAGAUAACUUUGUCGAAGAUGAGACCUGUAUCAACCGAGCUUAUAAUCCAGAACAGGAACUGUCAUCUCCUCUGAAGACGGACACGGGCGCCAAUGUGUGAAAGGAAACAAUAAAUUGUUUAGUGAAAAUC